AUGGGCUUCCCCGGCGGCGAACCCCCUCCGCGGCCGCUGCUGCCCACGCUCAUCAAGCUUGGCCGCGCGAUCACCGCGCGCCACGUGGACCGGCUCCUCGCGGCGCUCCUCCGCCGCCGCAGGCACCGUCUCGUCGGCACCCUCGCCCGCCAGGCGCUCGCCAACUCCCUCCGCCCCACCCCGCGCACCCACCUCCUCGCCGCCUGCGCGCUGCUGGACUCCUCCCGCCCCCGCGACGCCUCUCGGCGUCUCGCGCUCGCCGGGCCGGCCUCCUCCGCGUCUCGCCUCUGGGACGCGCUGCUCCGCCGAGCCUGCGCUGCGCAUGGGGACCCGCGCCACGCGCUGGAGCUGCUCGCCGCUAGCGUAGACGACCACGGAGCCGUGCCGUCUCCGUCCACGUACCGUGCGAUGGUGUCGGAGCUCUGUGCCCGCGGGGACAUGGCCGGGGCGGUCAAGGUGUUCGAUACAAUGACCGCGAGAGGGUGUCAGGUGGACGAUGGUGUUUGCAGCGUGAUCGUUUCUGGUUUCUCCAAUGCUGGAAAGGCUGAGGCUGGGUUGGAGUUCUACGACAGGGUGAGGAAGGAGGUCAGCGGGUUUGAGCCAGGCCUGGUGACGCUGACUGCUGUUGUCAGUUUGCUCGGGAGGGAGGGGAGGAUUGGCGAGGUGGCAGAGCUGGUAAGGGAAAUGGAACGGAAGGGGAUGGUGGGUGAUGAAGUGUUCUACAGCAGCUUAGUCCAUGGAUACAUGAGGAGUGGCCGGCUGAUAGAAGGGCUCCGGGAGCAUCGUAUGAUGUUAGAGAAGGGCAUUGCAGCUGAUGUGGUUAAUUACACUUGUGUUAUUGAUGGGAUGUGCAGAGAAGGCAGUGUGGAGAAAGUGAUGGGGUUUUUAGAUGAGAUGGAGCGAAUGGGUACUAAACCGAAUUUGAUCACUUAUACCUCUCUUGUUGGUGGUUUCUGCAAGAGGAACAGGUUGGAAGAUGCCUUUUCCGUGGUGAGGAAACUGGAACAAACAUGUGUAGUGGUGGACGAGUAUGUAUAUUCGAUUUUGAUCGAUGGAUUGUGCAAAAAGGGAGAUUUGGAUAAGGCUUUCUCUUUGCUUGGAGAGAUGGAGGGCAAGGGGAUAAAAGUUGGGACUGUGACAUACAAUUCUGUGAUAAACGGCUUAUGUAAGGCUGGUGAGACUACCAAGGCUGUUGAAAUCUCUGAAGCUGUUACUGGUGAUAAUUUCACAUACAGCACACUGUUACAUGGUUACAUUAUGGAAGAGGAUACAACUGGUGUUAUGGAAAUACAGGAUAGGCUUGAGAGUAGCGGGAUUGCACUUGAUGUUGUCACGUGCAAUGUACUUAUCAAAGCAUUAUUUAUGAUCAAGAAGGUGGAUGAUGCUUGCAGCUUGUUUCACAGAAUGCGUGAUAUGGGCUUAAGCCCUAAUACCGUCACCUAUCAUACGAUCAUAGACAUGCUGUGUAAACAUGGAGAAUUUGAUAGGGCAGUUGGGUUGUUUGAUGAGUACAACAAAGAAACAUCAUUCUCCAGUACUGUUGUUCACAAUGGCCUGAUUGGAGCACUAUGCAAUGCAGGAAGGGUCAUCAUUGCUGAGCAAAUCUUUUAUGAUCUUAUUCAUAAAAAACUAAGGCCUGAUUCUUGUACUUACAUAAAGUUGAUUCAUGCAAACUUUAAAGAAGGUGGUGAAGAAGGUGUGCUGAAUUUCAUUGGUAAGGUGGGUGAAUUAGAUAUGGACUUGUUUUCAUCGGUUUGCAGUUACGCUUGUAGUUUCUUAAGCACCAGGGAUUGUUGUCAAGCAGCAUUGGAUGUCUACAAGAUAAUCAGAACACAAUUCUUUGCUGUAUCUAGCAAAACAUUCUACAAGCUACUCAAGAGCUUACUCCGAAAUGGAAAUGAACAGGUCAUACAACCAUUGUUGAGUGAGUUCAUUAAGAUUCAUGGCCUGCACGAACCUAGAGUGAUUAAUAUGCUGUCUUGUCACCUCAGCAAGAAGGGUGUUGGUGAGGCUAUUCGGUUUUCAAGUUACAUGAACAAUGGCGGUGUUCCUGUCAGUGUUCUAAGGGGAGCUGUCUAUGCACUUAAGAAAGAAGGUGAAAUACUGGAUGCAUAUAACUUCCUGAAGGAAGCUCAACAAAGUGGUUUUCCGGUGGAUCUAGCCAUGUAUUCCAUAGUAGUGGAAGGCCUUUGUAGAGGUGGUAAUCUUGAAAUGGCGUUAGACGUCUGUGGAAGCAUGAAAAAAGAGGGGUUUCAUCCAACCAUUAUCAUUCAUAACUCAGUUCUCAGUGGUUUGUGCCAGCAUGGAUGCUUUACCGAAGCAUUCAGGCUCUUUGACUACUUAGAAAGAAGCAACAUUGUUCCAACGAUGAUCACGUAUGCUAUACUUAUAGGCGCUUUGUGCAGAGAGGGUUUCUUGGAUGAUGCAUAUAAAUUUUUUCAGAAAAUGUCCAACAAUGGUAUCAGACCCACUACCCAUGUUUACAACCUGCUGAUAAGUGGUUACUGUAACUAUGGGUUAACUGAAAAGGCACUUGAGCUUUUGUCUCAUUUCGAGGAACCUUUUCUACUUCCAGAUGCUUUUACGCUUGGUGCAGUUAUCAGCGGGCACUGUCUGAAAGGUGACACUGAAGCUGCAUUAAGCUUCUUCAAUGAAUAUCAUUGUAAGGAGAUGGUCCCAGAUUUUGUUGGUUUCAUGAGCCUUGUAAAAGGACUCUAUGCAAAAGGAAGGAUUGAAGAAUCCAGGGGCAUCCUGAGGGAGAUGUUUCAGUGCAAACAAGUUGUGGAGCUAAUAAACAUCGCUGGAGAUGAGGUCCAGACCGACUCUUUAGUUGGUCUUCUGUCUUCCGCAUGCGAGGAAGGAAGGAUUGAUGAGGUUGUAACUAUCCUCAGUGAAGUGAGACUCAUGUCUGUAUCCUCUUCAGAUUCUCAUAAUUGUAAUAUGCUUGCUCACCUCAAGAAGCCGAAGAAAAUUGAUGAUGCAUGCGAUCCCAGAACCGAUUCAGACCAAGUUUUAAAUUCAGUUGCUUUUGAUGUUUCUGGUAAUGGCCUUGAUGGAAGUUCUGAAAGCACAUUGCAGCCCAUGACAGAGAGAAUUGAUAAUUUGUGCAUAUCAAGUGAUGAUACUGAUAUUGACAAUGCUAAUUUGUUAGGGAAGUCUUUUUAUGACGACUUUGACACAUAUUAUCCUGCUAUUGCUUCACUAUGCUCGAAAGGGGAGCUUCUCGAGGCCAAUAAGGCAAUUGAAGCAAUGAUUCGGAAUUCGGGAUAUGUUUGGUAAGCAGUACAAUUUGAUAGGGAAUUUCUUCUGGCCCAUGGUAUCACCAUCCAUAAACACAUCUCUUGUGAAGAGAACAUUUGUCAACAUUAUUGACCAUCUUGGAGUUAGCAACAGAAGGGUUCACAAAGAUGUAAAACUGUAACACCAAUAAAGACCAAAUGAAUUGAGAGCCCUGACUGUCCACAGGUUCCAACAGUUAGAGAGGGCCUCUGCUGAUGUGGUGAACACAUGGAUAUGCCUUAGACUGAGCAGGGCAUGAGAAAAGAGCAAACCAGUGCAACUUCAUCAUGCAGGAAUACACUUAAGUGACAAAUCAGAUCAACUGAGGGUAGUGAACCAGCAGCUACCAGGGUUGUGCGGUAAGAAAAGGGAGGGUGCAAACAGAAAAGCUGUAAGAGCAAUGGACCUGCAGGAAAUAUAUGUCAGAGGAAGUUCGGCUGGAGUACUACGAACAGGCCUGACUACGAACACUCUACCAUGUGCUGGAACUUGGGAGUCAGACUUGGAACUAUCUUCAGCAAGCAUCAAUAUAUUGUUGUAGAAACAUGUAAAUAAUACUGCAGCAAAGAGGAAGCAGAAACCUUGACAAAGCAGUCAUGGAAAUGCAGCCUGACCAAGGAUGCUGCCAUCCUGGUCUCUUGGGCAACAGCCUGUGCCACGAUGGACUGCACAAUUUCCUUGGCCUUCGGGCACGAGUGGUCGUAGAACUGUGGGAACAAGCUAUACCAUGGGUUGGCACGAACGGUGCCUGCAAGGAGGAGUGGACAGGCAAGGCAGAGUACCAGCAAGCAACCCAUGGAACUAGCCAUGCCAGAGAACGUUUGUAAGCAUGCUGCCUUCUGCUACAGCUGGUGCUUAUCUCACUAACUAACACACGUGCGGUCGAUGCUGAUCGGGUCAAAGGAGAUGUGCGAUAUUGUACCAACUUUGGAGGACACGGGAUGCGUGAUGAUUCUGCGUUAGGUGCUUGCAUGGCCUACAUUCAUGUCUGGAGCAGGUUCCUGGAGCUGGAAGUACUUUCAACUGUUCCAAGGCUUUGUCACGGGCCCAGCUGCCUUAUUCUUCUGCAGUUCUGCGCAUCAGUGACCGUUUCUUGAAGAAAACAACAGCGUGCCACAGAGAGUCUCAGAGACUUGCAUAUGACUUGCAGGUAUGUUCAUGCUAAGUGUAUGCAUGGGAACCGUUAUUGUUGAUCACGGAUAUUGUUACACCAGAGACCUAGUACUAUUGUAAUCUUUAUGCAAAUUCAUGUCCUAGUUCAAUAUACAUAGGUAGAAUGAUCAUAAAAAAAUUUCAUAUUAAAGUGAGCUUGUAGUUUUCAAGUUUGUAUUGAGCUUUACACCGCGCCACUGUUUAAAACACAAGA